AUAAUAUACCAAAAACGACGCGGUCACUUGCAUUGGUGUGCGCACUUAUACGUAGUGUUUUUUUUUUAUUGAAAAUACGUUUGCAUCUUAAAUACAUAUGUUUCAUAAACUCUUCUGUAUUUUGUAAAUUUGUGUGGGUAUAUGGAGUGUUAUUAUUAAAGGCGGCAAGUUUUGGCGUCCAUUUUAUAAGUUAUACUCAAUUCGAUUGUUUUUGAAUAACCUCAUCAAUUUAUCAAUUAUGCUUUGUUAGCUCGAUAUAGGAUUAGAACAAAAUUAGAAACAAUGAGCUUUUCCAGUGAUGAAGUAAACUUUUUAGUUUAUCGAUAUUUACAAGAAUCAGGUUUCCAACAUUCAGCUUAUACAUUUGGUAUUGAAUCACAUAUAUCUCAGAGCAACAUAAAUGGAGCUCUGGUACCACCUGCAGCAUUGCUAUCUAUUGUACAGAAAGGAUUACAGUACACCGAAGCUGAAAUAUCUAUUGGGGAAGAUGGAACUGAACAAAGAAUGGUGGAAUCUUUAUCCCUUAUCGAUGCUGUUAUGCCGGAUGUUGUUGCAUCUCGACAAAAUCAACAAAACCAACAAAAACAAUCAAAAACAGAGGUACAAGAUACCAAUGGAGAAGAAGUUAUUACAUCGAAUGAUCCAGAAGUAGUUACUGAAAGAGCUGCUGAAAGAACGGAAAUGGAACUGGAUGAACAACAAGGCUCAGGAUCAAGCAAUAUUGCAAGUACAAUAGAAAUACCAGCUAGUAAAGCAACUAAAUUGCGUGGACACGAAUCUGAAGUAUUCAUCUGUGCGUGGAAUCCAACAACUGAUUUAUUAGCAUCUGGCUCUGGUGAUAGUACAGCACGUAUAUGGGAUAUGAAUGAUCAUUGUAUGGGUGGUCAACUUAUCCUUCGUCAUUGUAUUCAAAGAGACGGUACAGAAGUACCUAGUAACAAAGAUGUUACAUCUUUAGAUUGGAAUUGUGAUGGAACGUUAUUGGCGACUGGUAGUUACGAUGGUUAUGCCAGAAUUUGGACAACUGAUGGUAGUUUAGCAUCUACACUUGGACAACAUAAAGGACCAAUAUUUGCGCUAAAGUGGAACAAAAGAGGCAAUUAUAUUCUCAGUGCAGGAGUUGAUAAGACAACUAUCAUUUGGGAUGCUGCUAGUGGACAAUGUACACAACAAUUCGGUUUUCAUAUGGCUCCUGCUUUAGAUGUAGAUUGGCAGACUAAUACUUCCUUUGCUAGUUGUUCUACUGAUCAAUGCAUUCAUGUGUGUAAAUUAAACGUAAAUAAACCUAUUAAGAGUUUCCAAGGACAUACGAAUGAAGUCAAUGCUAUUAAAUGGGAUCCACAAGGAAAUUUGUUAGCGAGUUGUUCAGAUGAUAUGAGUUUAAAAAUUUGGUCAAUGAAGCAAGAUUCUUGGGUACAUGAUUUCCAAGCUCAUAGUAAAGAAAUCUACACAAUAAAAUGGUCACCAACAGGACCAGGAACUCAUAAUCCAAAUAUGAACCUCACUUUAGCUAGUGCUUCAUUUGAUUCUACUGUGAGAUUAUGGGAUGUAGAAAAAGGUGGAUGCAUUCAUACUCUUACUAAACAUUCUGAACCAGUGUAUAGUGUGGCUUUCAGCCCUGAUGGUAAAUUCCUUGCUAGUGGCAGCUUUGAUAAAUGUGUUCAUAUUUGGUCUACUCAGAGUGGAAAUCUAGUUCAUAGCUACAAAGGUACAGGUGGAAUAUUCGAAGUUUGCUGGAACAGUAGAGGUGAUAAAGUUGGAGCAUCUGCUUCAGAUGGAAGUGUAUUUGUAUUGGAUUUACGUAAGCUGUGAUUUUCACAAAUUUAAUUUAAAUAUCGUUAUCACUGCUGGUUUACUUCCAUUAUUUGUAGAUAUGCGUAUAAUUACGUACACAUAUACCAUCUAUUUUUUCACUAAAUUAUUAUAUUUCAUUUUAAAUAACUCUGAUACCAGAUUCGUUACUUAUGAUUACGUUAUUUCAAGGCAUUUUGAUACUGUUUUACAAUCAAGUUCAUUUAUCUUCUAUUAUUUGGAAUAUAUAAUAAGACAAAUUUUUUAAAUCAUAGAAUUAAUGUUAAUUGAUUGAAUUAUGAUAAAAGGAUGUAAGAAAAAUUGUCUAAAUAAUUUUAUAUUAUAAAUUAAUACCAGUAAUCUGUA